GGCGUGGGCAGUUGGAGUAAUUAAUCGUUUCAACUUAACGCGAGUUUUAAAGUUCUCAUACAGUGAUCUGCAAUUUCUAAAAGAAUGGCCAACGAAUCUCGCUUCCCUACUUUACUGACAAUAUUACUCAUCUUGUUCUGUUCUAUUCAGCAAGGAUUAUCUAUCAAAUGUUGGGUAUGCAGAUCAGAUUCGGAUCCAAAAUGCGCAGAUCCAUUCGAUAACACCACAGUACCUAUAACUGAUUGCAAACAAGAACCUGACUUAGAACAUUUGCCAGGUGUUAGACCUACCAUGUGUCGUAAAAUUCGUCAAAAAGUCAGCGGUGUAUGGAGAUAUUUUCGUAGUUGUGCUUAUAUGGGAGAACCAGGAAUCGAUGGUGAUGAACGCUUUUGUCUUAUGAGAACAGGAACAUACAAUAUAUUUAUGGAAUAUUGUACUUGCAAUAGCAAAGAUGGCUGUAAUACAGCUUCGUACAAUCAUGGAAGCAUAUUGGCUUCUAUUAUAGCUUUAGCAAUUUCAUUGAGAUACGUACUUGUCUAUACUUAACAAUUUUAACCAAAGAUUAUCGAUAGAUCUGACUAGGCAGUAUACACUCGAACAUGUCUUUUUUACAACAUAAAGAUUCACUCGUACUUACUAAUAACUUUCUUCUCGACAAUCAUGAUACGUAUGAUCUGAAUUUCAGGGAAAUAGAGUAUUUCGUCCAGAAAUUAGACUGCCAUUAGGAAGUAUUACU